GCUAACAACAAAGGAAUUUAAGAGAACUUCGAAGCUCCUUCGUCUCAACUGAAAAAUCCCUGGCCCAGCUUUCUUGAACGCCAACCACCUUCACUGAAUCGUAAAUCUAGUUAGUGUUUUACUUACGGAGAACUGGUUCUCAUCUGGUCGCGCAAUCGUAUUCCUACUGAACAGGUAGAUACUCCAUCAUCCAACGUUCACAGCAAACGGUGGUCAACCAGUUCGGUCUCUAUCAAAAGCAUCAAAGAUCAACAAAAAAUGAGUCGUUCCGCAAUCAAUCUCAUGCGGGUUGCCCGCCGUGGCGUGCUUCAGAAUGUUGCAGUCGCCCAGCGGGCACCACUUCUGUCUACUGCAGUCCCUGCCCUGAGCAAGGUCAACGCUGGUCCGGCCAAGCUGUCCAGAUCGGUUGCCACCUCCACAGCCAGCCGGAUGAAGGGUAUUCAGCCAGAGUCGGAAACCCCUGAGCCAACAGAGCCAGUCGAAUCAGCCUAUGUCCCCAAAACACCGGCUCCGCUUGAGGAAUCGGAGUAUCACGAUAUUGCGGAUGAGUAUCUCGACAAUGUCUUGAGCAAGCUCGAGGACGUGGCAGAGCAGCGCCCUGACGUCGACGUUGAGUACUCGUCCGGCGUCCUGACGCUGGCAUUCCCGCCGCUGGGAACCUAUGUGAUCAACAAACAGCCGCCCAACAAACAAAUUUGGCUGUCAUCACCCGUUUCCGGCCCCAAGAGGUACGACUAUGUCAUCAUCGGCGAUGGACAGAACCAGAAGGAGGGCACCGGCUUGGGUGACUGGGUCUAUCUGAGGGACGGGUCCACACUCAGUGGACUGCUGAUGGAGGAGCUGAACGUCGAUGUUAUCACCCCUUAGUAACGAGUGAUACCUACGGAUUCGGGGUUCCGCCAUUGUACAGUAUGUAAGCAUAUGAUCAACCGUUGAAAGGCAACAGCUGUUAAGCCACGAAGGGCAGAAUUUUCUUGGGGUGACAAGCCACAGUACAUGUAUACGUGGCACUCAGAAUAUUUGCAUGAUAUGCACGGGAAACAUGGACCAGGCCGAAGGGUUCUGUCAUCUGCGUCUGCGUCCUCUGGCCAGCAAAGAGCAAACGCUGUGAGUGACAAACCGGGCAGUUCAGCUUCAGAGCUUGUUUAGUUGCUGGUCACCGAAUAAUAAAAAGACUAAAUGAGGCUGCAA